CUGAACUGGGACCUGGGAGAGACAGAGGGCACUGUCGAAUUUGCCUUCAACUGUAUCGUUUCUUUUCACUUCUUCUAUUUCAGUGUUCAUUUUCAACAAUUCAUCGCCAUAUUUGCCUGUACCAUAUCAUUGGUAUCAGAGCAGUCGAACCAGGGAAGCUUCGAUCAACAGUCACACGAUAAAAAAACGGAGCGCAGGGAACAUCGACGGUCAGAGAGGAAGGUGGCCGCCUCUGCUUUGCGCGCGGACAUGGAGAAGCGCGAGAUGCACGCGUCUGCGGAAAAGGGGAAGGAACAACAUCGAAGAUCCGAUCAGCGUGCUUCGCUCGGAAAAGAGGAGAAGCUGUGGGAAAAGGUUGAAAGUGAUUGGGCUAAGGAGAUGCGCCAUAUGUUGGGCAAAAUUCGUCACAGAAUCAAGCGACAUAGAGACCGAGCGAGGAGUCCUCCUAGACACCGUCGGCCGAUUGAAAAUAAUCAGGUUUCUUCUUCCGUCGCUCUUCCUGGUUCGCAAUCGCAGACAUCUUCGCGAUCUUCAUCUCACAGUUCGCAGCAACGAACUUCGUCUCACAGUUCGAAAUCCCUAACUUCACCUUCUCGUUCGCGGACUUCAUCUCUGGCUUCGCCCAGUUCGCAGUCGCUAACAGCGUCUUCUCCCAAUUUGUUGCAAUCUGUUUCUUCUCACCAAUCUUCCUCGCCAGUAGUUUCAUCCUGUUGGCCAGCUUCUCAGCGAACUAUAACUUCUCAGAUUUCAUCGCCAACAGAUCUCCGGGCUUUGCAGGUUUCAUCGCAUGCUUCUUCUAACAGUGUUCAAGUUUCAUCUCCCACAAUGAACUCUAAGUUGAGGCCGGCUGAACCAUCAAUCACGGAACCUGGCCCAAAGGAUGAUACGACUCAAACUACAGGAUAUCUGCCAAAGUAUCCAGAAUAUUUGAAACAGCCUGAUAGGGAUGAAAAUGGAAUUCGUUUGGGAAAAGUGAAAGAGCAAUUGCCAAGGCAACUAGAGGAUCAGUCUCAACUCUUUCUAGUAGGGAUAGGAAUUGGUGCAUUAUCAACUACAACUAUGUUGCUGAAACCGGGGCAGGCUGUUUCUAGAGCCCCUAAUGGGGAUGAUUCCAAUCAACGAGGCGCUGAUGGUACUAGAAAUUCUACCACCAGGGGUGUGGAGGUUAAGGAACUGCCUAGUAGGACUAUGUUGGGAGUUACGCUCCGUCAUAGUUCAACAGGUGAAGUGGCAAACGGAAUUGAAGUUUUAUUUAGCUCAAUGUCUCCUGAUAAGCAGAAGCAGAUUCAGGUCGAGGAGAAUGCUGGUGUUCACGGUAUAAAUACAAAUUCUGCUACUGGGAAGUAUGGAAUUACUCAAAACUUUGCAUCUCAAGAGACUAAAGCAACUAUACCAUUCAGAAAGUUUUUGGUGGUUGAGCAUAGCCUUCUAAUUGAUGAGGUCCGUACUUUAAUAGAUUCUGGCCCGGAUGGGAGAGGAAGCAAGGGUUCUAGACUUUGCCUUGCUAAUCUGGUUACGCCCUCGCUGGGUUUUCAGCCUAUAGGGGAAAGGAAAGGAGAAAAUUUCUCAGAUUUGGGACUUUGGCAGUUAGAUAAUCUGAAAUCGCAUGACAGCACUGUUGUGCACAACUGCUGGCGGCUGUUGAAGUUUUAUGAGACAAAGCCUGCUAUUACAAAUCAUUCUAUCAUUGACACUAGCUGCUGUACAGAAAAGUGGAUGAAAAAUGGAGAACUUUGCAUAGGGCUUGUUGCAGGCAAUGAGUUGAGUAAUUCGAAUAACAUUAAAACUGCAUCCAACACAUUAAUAAUCUCAGAAGUUAUAAUCCUUGAGGAGUCUCAUGAAAACAGGGAAACACGUGUAGCUAGUGAGUGUUUGAAGUCUACUGCAACAAAUGAAACUGCACUCGACAUAUAUUCUGUAGCAACACCAUUUGUGAUUUUGAAAGAACGAGUACUGAAGCUUCUGGUUCAGCAAUCCAGGAGAUAUUGGGAAGGAAGAGGCUCCAGGAUGAAGAUGAAGUUUAAGAUCAAGGCUGUGUCCUAUCACCCACCUUGAGGACAAGGUGGUUUUUCAAGGGGGGAGAUAUGAUAGGGACAUAGACUUCCAAGAUUAAUAAUAAUAGUAGAAUUAGACUAAGGGGUGUGAUAUUGUAUAAAUAAGGGUUUGGGCUAGGUGGUAGUUAGCUUGGGCCGGCCCAUAAGGGAAUUGAUUAUAAAUAAGAGGGGAGUAGAAUAAGGAGGUUAGGCAGAACUUGGAUCUGAACUGGGACCUGGGAGAGACCGAGGGCACUCUCGAAUUUGCCUUCAACUGUAUCGUUUCUUUUCACUUCUUCUAUUUCAGUGUUCAUUUUCAACAAUUCAUCGCCAUAUUUGCCUGUACCUAU